UCCCUCAAAAACGAAAAGAAAGAUUCAAUGAACCAGUAACCACCUAAGCUUCCUAGUUUCCUCCUUCUACACAACUUCGUUCUCCCUCUUAUAUAAUGGCGUAAUUCCCCAAUUUCGCCCUCUUUCUGGAGAGAGAUUGGCGUCUAACACACGAUUUCUGAAAUUUUCAGCGAACCCCAAAUUUCUUCCUUCAUUUUGUAUCGUCAAAUCUCAGUUGCAGGGAAUUAUUCUGUAAUUUGCCAUUUAUAUUUUGGGGAUAAGAAGGUUGUGGGAAUAUCUUAUUGAUUUAUGUCUGUGACAUUACCCAACCUCUCUUGGUGGUUGUGGAGUGGCAAAAAAAAAGAUGCUAAAUUACAGAAAGGGUCUUCUCUAAAUUCAUCACCUGAACUGAAUGUGGUGGAACUGGAUUUGUUGAAAUUUCCUGGGAUAAGUGGGGCUGGGGGUAACUUAGCUUCGAACUCGAGGAGGGUUAGGAGAAAAUGGAGUCAAGAUGAUGGAAAGAUUGAUAAGGAGCAUGAUGUUGUCCUUGUCCCUUCAGAUGGAGGGUAUUCAUCUGAUUCUGAUUCGGAUGCCUCAGAUUGGUCAAUCGGUUGGUCGGAGCCGCAUGCCUCUGGGUUCUUGAGUGAGGAUGAGAUUGAUGGGGGAUUUGGUGUUCUUGUCCGGUGCUAUGGGCGUGGCUCUGGAGCGAAACAAGACUAUAGAAAAAACAAUUCUGAUAACAAUGUCAAUGUACCAGAGCUUUACUCUGCUGAUAGCAAAAAGUCCAUGGAGCGGUGGCUUUCCUCUCUACAGGGCAACUGAACUUUCGAGAUUGCUACCUGCUGUGCUCUUUCUGCUCUGCUGUUUUGUUUGUGAAUUACGUCAACCUUCUUUUUUUUAAAAAAAACCAAGGCAGUAUUCAUAUAAGCUGAUGCAUUUCAACUUCUUUAAAACUGUUCUGCAAACUUUGAUGGGAUUGGCAGUAAGUUGAAAUACUCCAGCCUAUACGGCAAACCCUGUCUUUAUCUUUCUCAUUAAUUCUGUAGAUCUGUUAAUAUGAUAUUGAAGGUUCCAAAAAAACAAAAAAAAACAAAAAAAAGUUUGGCUCAAAAUCAAAAAGAAAUUCUUGGUGAAAGGGUGUGAGGAAGCAGUGCACUCAUGCCCUCAAUCCCUGUUAAUGUGAAUUCUUUGUAAAUUCUUUGCUUUGAUCAUUGUAAAUAAAUCCGGAUAUUGUGAAUAACUUGAUUCUUCAGCUGUAAAUACUUUUAAAUUUAUUAAUAAUAUCAAGAACUCUGUUCGUUUUGUUGUA